AUGAAGGACGGCCACGGCCGCGAUCGAGGACGUUCGCACCGACGGAUCCCCAUGGAGUUCAACAUCUUCAACUCCGGAAUCGCCGAGACCGCCGACAAGCCGCUGUUCUGCCUGAGCAACGACGAAGAGCCCUCGGACAACCACCUGGGCAUCAACCUGCACGCGGGCCCCUUUGACGUGCACCCCAAGAUCGCCAACCUCACGCACCGCACCGUGGUGCGGACCGGCUGGGAGACGAUGAAGAUGAUGGACGUCGUCCUCUUCGAGACGGCGGCGACGACGACCACGACGACCACGACAGACAAAGGGGAGCCCGCCAAGGUCGUCCUCGAGCAACAGAUGCCCUGGGGUCCGCUCGGCCGGUUGCUCCGGUGGAGAAACGCCGCCGCCGCCGUCCGAUGGGUGUUCACCAUGCGGAUCCCGCGCCGGGAGGGGCUGGCCGACGUCGACUUCGAGUGGCGACACAGCCGGGGGCUCACGAUCCGGCGGCUCCGGGGCGCGGACGGGUGGAUGCUGUGGCGGAAGCGGACGGCGGACGAGGUGCGGAAAACGGGCGACGGGGGCGACGAGCUGGUGGCGCUGGUGUCGUGCAGCGGCUCGCGGCUGCACCUGGGCACGCGGUUCGCGUUCGCCAACGCGGCGGCGCGCGGCGAGCUCGGCGACGGCUUCUCGGUGGUGGCGCUCAUGUCGGGCAUUGGCGUGAUGCUGGCGCAGAGGAGGUCGCUGGGGGGACACCGGUCGACGCGCUGGAAGGUCACGAAGGCGGCCGGCGGUCGAUGCUUCCGAGGGCGGCGAUGGCGGAGAGACGGGCGCGCGAGGCGAGGGGACUGGCUCGACGCGAUUGCGCUGAUGGACGAGGAGGUCUGGGAGGCGGAAGAGCCGGGUCGGCCCGGGCCCGGCCGCUCUGAUCGCGUCAGGGCGUGGAGGGAAGAGCAGCGGCGGGCGUCUGAGGGGUCCGGGGGCGUCGGCGGGACGUCACGGCUCGACCCGGUCGCCUCGAGGCCACGGAGGGCGCCGCAGCUGCUGCCCGGGACGCCGAGGUCCGCCAAGACGACGCGGCCCCUGUCGACGUCGACGCGGAACGGUGCACUGACGCCGGGCCGGCGCACUGCCUCGAACCGCAGCCGCUUAUACGAGCACGAGAGCGAGCGUUUCGUGGAAAACCCGGGCGGUAUCCACAUCUGA